GGAAGAUAUACUCAGUGCUGCUAUCAAUUCAUCCUAUUUGUGGCAAUUUUGCAAGGUUUUAAAAUUAACUGAAAACAUGAGAUUAAGAACUGAAACAAAUGAAGAGAGUUUGAAUGAUACACAAGAGUUUGCCAAGUGGAUACUACACUUGGGAGAUGGUCCUGUAAUAACAAACCAGUAUGGAGAAUCUGAGGUGGAAAUUCCAGCAGAUCUGUUGAUUCAUGAUGUUGAGAACCCCAUUCAAAGUCUGGUCACUUUUGCUUACCCAGACAUGUUAAACAACUACAUUAAUCUCUCUUUUUUUGAAGACAGAGCAAUACUAGCACCAACCUUAGAAGCUGUGGAAAAGAUAAACAGCUACAUUUUAUCCCUCAUACCAUUAAAAGAAACAGAAUAUCUAAGUUCUGAUUCUACAUGCCAGGCAGAUGAAAAUUAUGAGCUUG